UUGCCCGCUUGGGAAGUUUUAAGUUAUGAGAUUGGAAGCACUGCGUCGUAAGGAUCGCAUAUGUUUGCGAUCGGUGCGCACGCUUGAUCGCGUACGAUGACCAAAUUUUUCCAACGAUGAAUAAGUCGAAUCUUUUCGAUUUUAAUUCGAACAUGUACGCAUCAGUUAUGAUACAAUAGUAUAAUAACGUUGCCAUGUUGAACGAUACAUCGAGAAAACUGUCUAAAAGUUCAGAGACGACGGAAACCGAUAUACGCGAGGAUGAAGAACAAACGACAAAGUUACAAGAAAUUAUCGAUCUCCUCGUGGCUGCUGGGUAUUUUCGAGCCAGGAUAAAGGGUCUAUCGAAUUUUGACAAGGUGAUAGGCGGUAUGACGUGGUGUAUAGAAUCUUGUAAUUUCGACGUGGACGUGGACUUGUUGUUCAGAGAAAACCUUACCAUCGGCCAGAAAAUAUCUUUGACGGAAAAGAUUGUUGUUAUGCUGCCAAAAAUGAAAUGCCCGUACCAUAUAGAACCUCAUCAAAUACAAGGAUUAGAUUGUAUCCAUAUCUUCCCGGUGAUUCAGUGGUUGAUAAAACGUUCUAUGGAAAUGCGAAAAGAAAUGGCUGGAUUUGUGCGUUCGUUCGCUAUUAAUCAGUUUCAUAAAAAGCAUUUUUUUUCGGAGGAAGAAAAUGGUGCUGCGGCUGCUGCAAAGAAAAAUAUGAUGCAAAAUAUUUUAUCGGUUAAAAGGUUAUACGAACCUCGACGAUUAUUCAAGUAUAAAGAUAAUUUGGAGAGAGACGAGGCCGCUCGAUUCCUUGGUACUCUUUUGGAGUACGAAGCUAAUUUGCACGGAAGUAUCCAGAAUACAAGCGCCGAAGUAGUCCCUUCCAAGUCGAUGACAACUUCCCAAGACGAUAGAAAAGACAAUCACAUUUGUGCGUCAAACGAUGACAAGAUGGUUGUAAAAGAAAUUGCAGGGUCAAUGGCAGCUAUCGAGGAAAGCUCUGAUCGUUUAAGCGUGAACGUGGUCGGCAAUAUCGUCGGGAUGCAAGCACAGGAAAUCGCCAAAGUAGCUGAGAAAUACGCAACGAGGUCGAUUUCCGAAACGGAGGAAAGUGGGGCAUCCGACACAUCCAGCGCCCUGGCAACUUUGCAAAAACAAAAGAACAAUCUGCAGACACGGAUUCGUAAAUUGACAAAGGAAAGAGACGUCUUGUCGAGUAAAACCUCCGAGAUGGUCGACAAAACAAAUCAAUGCUACAAACAAAGAGAAUAUCUUGAACGUUCGUUUAAGAAAGUACAAGAAAUAGGAAUUAACGAAAAUGACAGUAAUUUUAAACGCUUGGAGGAACUUUUAUUGGUGCACGAUGGUUUAAGAGAUCAAGAGUCCAAGUUUCGAGAGCAAUGCAAAUCCGAUCUUGGUUUUCUUCGAAGUAUGUUGGAAGAAAUUAACGAUGUGGUACCGACGGAAGAGGAAGACAGAUUGAAAGAAUACGAGGAGCAAAAGGAGCUAGUGACAAGGGCGAGAUUGCAAUUGGCCAAAAAGAAUAGAGCCAUUGCCUCUUUGACUAGACAAUUGGACGACGUACCGGGACGAUCCGAAUUAACGCAGUAUCAAAGAAGAUUCAUGGAACUUUACAAUCAAGUAUCCGCCAAACACAAGGAGACCAAACAAUAUUACACGCUCUACAAUACGUUGGACGACACAAAGCUUUAUCUGAGCAAAGAAUUAUCUUUGCUAAACUCUAUACAGGAUAAUUAUAGCGAAGCAAUGGCAUCUACAAGCGGCAAAGAACAAUUUUUGAAGCAAUUCGAAGCUAUCGUCGCGGGCGUUAAACGUAACAAGACCAUGGUCGAGAAACGGUGUGCCGACGAAAAGAAUAGACGCGAUGCUCUUAGUCGACAGUUGGUUACGCUUAUAGAGCAGCAACGUAAAUACGUCGUUGCUGUCAGACAGCUUACCAUCGAAUGUCGUAAGAACGAAGCGUUACUUGCUCAGCUACGUGGCCCAUGAAUGAUUUCUUUUUUCGAAAUCGAUCGGAAGCAGGCGCACGAUGAAGAUCCAACUCGACGUGUAAAAAACAUUAAUUAUAGCGUUUACUCUGUUACAUUAUUAUACAUCAUCGAUCGAUUAUUGGAUUGUGUACAUAUUUUUACGAAUGCACACACACGCAUCUUUAUUAUUUGGAUCGCUGCGAAAUACAUGAUCCACCUUUGCGUUCUCGAGUACCUUUCGUUUAUUUGCUUUUUUUUUCAGCUUGGACAUUGGUAAAAUUACUACUAAAUAGUUUUUCAUCGUUGGAAUAAUCAUAUCUCGUAAGAGCAGUAUUAUAGAGAGAAAUGUUUUUGUAGUUCUUGAACAAUUACAAUAUACGAUAGUAUGCGAAUUAAAA